GUUUAUCUAGAUAAUUCUUUAUUUUAUAUCUGUGGUGUUUACUAACAUUGUUAUCACACAUCAUGGUCGGCCGGCAACAACGCCAACAACGGAUUUAUACAGAUGUAUUAUUUUUUACAAUUAGGUAUCUAUCUGCGACUGUCGUCAAAAAUUCUGUGCUAAUUAAUUAUUUUUUAGUAUUUAUUAGGUAUAUUAUUAUCUUUUGUUACUCGCUUACUCGUAUAACGACAUAACGUUACAAAUUAAAUUUAGUGAUUUAUUUUGAUAUGGCAAUCGUUAUUUGUUAAUUUCUAUCAUACCAAGCAAGUAGUAGCACAUAGCUUACAAUUCUUCAUAAAAGAUCAGUAAUAAAAAAAAACUAAAUAAAGUUAGUCUUUUGAAAAAGUUACUUAUUUUUAAUCGUUAAACUAAAUGCUAAUUGUUAAGUGUAUACGUCAUGAAUACUAAUAACAGACAUCAGUAGAAAAACAAUUAGAAAAUGUCAAAACGCUAUUUUAAAAAUGUAUUGCUCGAUGGUCAGGAAGUUGAUUCUAAUACGUUUCAUGAUUUUUGGAAAGAUAACGUGUACCGUCUGAUGGAGUGUAUAAGUCAAAAUACUUCGUUGUCCCCUGAUAAUGACUUGUAUACUGGAACGACUGGUAUCGCAUAUAUGUUUUUUCAUUUAUCUACAUCAGAAGGGUUUAAAAAYGAUUCUGCUGCCUUAUUGAAUAAAGCAGUUGCAGUUUCAAGACUAAUGGAACACAAUUUAACUGAAAAAUGCUCAAGUCAAUUCAUUUGUGGAGAUGCUGGAGUUAAUGCCGUGAAUGCUGCAAUAUAUCACCAAAUUGGCGAUGAGAAAACUGCAGAAAUGUAUUUAGAGCGUUUUAAAAAUGGGUUAGCCGUUUGUAAGCCAAUCAACUUUUUUAAGCCAGGAGGAGACGAAUUAUUUGUUGGUCGUGCAGGUUAUCUUUAUGGAAUUUUAUGGUUAGAAAAAGUUUUUAGUAAGAAAAUAAUAGCUGACCUAGACAUUAUUCAACUCUGUUUAACAAUUGUGGAGUCUGGGCGCAAUUAUUCUAAAAAAAAUAAAAGUAUAUUUCCUCUCAUGUACUCAUAUUAUAAUACAGAAUAUUUAGGUGCAGCUCAUGGUCUGUGUACAAUUCUACAAGUAUUAAUUUCAUUUCCUUGUUUUAUUGAAAAAGAUCAAAAAAUUAUGGAAGAUAUUAAAAGGAGUAUAGAUAUACUGAUAUCAUUUCAAACAACAAGUGGUAAUUUCCCUUGUGCAAUGGAUGAAUUAAAUUCAAGAAAAAGGCCUGAAAAAGAUGAACUGGUUCAUUGGUGUCACGGAGCUCCGGGUGUUAUAUACUUAUUAGCUAAAGCAUAUUUGGUUUUUAAAGAGCCCACUUAUUUGGAGUGUUGUUUAAAAUGUGGAGACUUGGUAUGGACAAAAGGACUACUAAAAAAAGGCCCUGGAUUGUGUCACGGAAUAGCUGGAAACGGAUAUGUUUUCUUACUACUCUAUAGGUUGACCGGCGAUAAAAAACAUUUAAACCGAGCUAUUGAAUUUGGUAAAUUCAUAUUCACCGAUGAAUGUAUUCAAGGAUCUAGAAGACCAGAUAAUUUGUACAGUUUAUACGAAGGAUUAGCUGGCACAGUGUGUUAUUUAAGUGAUUUAAUGCAACCGGAGAAAGCUAGUUUCCCAUUUUUAGACGUGUUUUAAUUACACCUUUUUUAUCUCAAACAGUUAUUAAAUGUUUACUUUUGUACUUGUAAUUUAUUUCAAUACAUCUUAUGAUGUAGAGUUUAGUGGAAAGUAACAUAUUAUGCUCUAUCAGAAAUGUAUUUUUAUUAUUUUUAUGACACAAUUUUGAUAGGUAAUUUGUAKGUCUAGUGAAAUUUAUUUGUUAAAACUUGUUUUUCAGGUCUCUUGCUUAAUUUAUAUCUUUAAAUAUGAUUUUAUUUAAUGUAAAAUAUCAGUUUAUAAAAAUG